CAAUAUACACAAUUGGUUCAGUAUAUUGAGGCCCUGCGCCGCGAACUCGCUUCGGCCUUCGGCCUUCAGCCUUCGGUUUAUUGUGUUCGUUUAAAUAAUUGCUAAUUGCUUAUAAGUAAUACACCGUAUAUUUUAAUAAGCGUUCUCGAUCGUAAAUGAACGUAUGUUAAAUAUAAACAGCGUCAUAUACAUACAUCUUUUUGUAAACUCUACUUGUAUACCAGAUAAGGUAAUAAAUAUUCAAAAUGAACAACAAGCCAAAAGUAGCAGUAAUUGGGGGAGGCGUGGUGGGCAUCACUGUGGCUAAAGUACUGCAAGACCAGCUGCAAAAUGUGGAUGUCACUGUGUUUGCUGAUAAAUUUGAAGAGGAUACUACGAGCCACAUAGCCGCCGGCAUAUUUAGACCAGGAACAAGUUUUAAAGGACCAACUACGGAAAUAACUAAGAAAUGGAUCACAGACUCGUGGUUUUUCUGGCAAGAGUUACUCAAGACACCCGAGGCUCCUCAAAUGGGUGUCAUGGAAGUCUCAGGAUAUAUAUUUUCUAAAGACAAUUAUCACGUUACCAGGAACCAUUUAAUUGAAGAUUUGAUACCAAUUUACAGAGCCGCCACACAAGAGGAAUUAAAACUUGGCCCCAAAGGCACUAAGUAUGGUUCCUUUUUUACAACUUUAAAAGUUGAAUGUGGACACUUCCUGCCAUUUACACAGAAAAUUAUUGUUGAGAGAGGAGGCAAGUUAGUCAACAAAAAGAUUGAAAACUUUGCUUCAUUAUCCGAGUUUGAUCUAGUAUUCAAUUGCGCAGGUUUAGGUGCCAAAUAUUUAUGUAAUGAUCACGAUUUGGUACCUAUCAGAGGUCAGGUAUUGAAGGUGAAAGCUCCUUGGGUGAAGACCGCGUUCUAUGGAGAUUACGAUACAUAUAUCAUCCCGGGACUCAAUGGGAUAGUCACGUUGGGUGGAACGAGGCAAUACGACAGUUAUAACUUGAACUACUGCAAAUAUGACGGAGCCGCAAUAUUGGAGCGUUGUUGUGAAAUACUGCCUGACUUGAAGAACAGUGAAGUUGUGGCUAAUAAGGUGGGUUUGCGACCACACAGGAUCCCGGUGCGCGUCGAGGCGGAGCUAAUUAACGGAAUGAAGGUGGUGCAUUGCUACGGCCACGGCGGCUACGGCGUGAUGACCGCACCCGGCACAGCAAUAGAUGCGGUGGAAAAAGGAAUACAACUAUUGCAUACUUCUACCAAGAACAAAUUGUAAACAAGCCGCCUGUUUUAUUGUUCGUAUCUCGUAAAGGCGGUUGAUAGAUGUUCAGUUUACCUUAGGUAUUUGUAUACUUAUUUUUAAAAUAUAAACAUCUAGAAUUUGCAAAAAAGUCACAUGAUAAAUAUAUUAUUAGAUAUCUAAGUGAAGAUAAAGACUUACAGUUAUGGUUAUGAAGAUAACUUUUAUCACCAAUAAAACUACAACACCAAUUGUCUAUUUGAUAUCAUAAAAAUAAAUAAUGUUGCAUAACAA